AUGGGGACUCAUACAAGAGCCACCGCAAGGAGAUGGGAUACAGGGCGGCCGGGGACGAGGGCGGACCCGAACGCAAUAACACCCCAGCAAGCGCGGACGGCAUUCGCGAGAUACUGCAAAAAGAUAGACGUGACGAAGGAGGAGCUAGCGUGGAACUUUGGAUGCAUAUCGGCAAGCCAAGAUAACGAGCAGGAGGCUGUCCUGGUGCGCGAGCUAAUCCUGAACAACAAUAAGCGACUGUACCACGGAGCACAGAGCGCAGCAGACAGGACGGCGGCGACGGCGAACAUGGCAGAGACGAGUGUGAAACAAAGGGCGGCGGGCAUGGAGGGCGGUAGCGACGGGGAUGGUGACGGUGACGGCGACAACGAUGGAGAAGGGGAGGGAACGAAAACGCGCACAGAGGAUGAGGAUAUAAACUGGGACGACGCAGCGGAGGGGAUAGACGAAGGAAUCGAGGGACCGGAGGGCUUUCGCGACAGCGACGAUGACGACGAAGGCAGGGGAGGAGACGGAGGGGCGACACGCAGGAGGAGCAAAAUCGCGAACGGCCCGAGCAGAGAGGGCGACGGCGGAGCACGAGGGGGCAACGGAAACGCUACCAAUGACGCGAACCGAGGCACGGGCGACGACGGGGACGGGGAGGGCGACAGCGACGUCGAGGUUGACGCAACGGUAUCGAGAGCGCCACCCAAAAGGACGCGGACAGCCAUGGAGGUCACCGAAUGGAGUUCUUAA